UAUAGCAUUAUGGUGGCCCUCUAGGAGAUCUUGCUUGCAUGCUCAAUGGCUGCUGAACCUGGCGCUGAGCAGUGAUCGUUUUUCCCACUUUAUUUUACGGCGACAUUCAAAAUUGACGAGAAAUCCCCAGUGAACAAUCUCAAACAUCUGGGAAUUUGUUGAUCGGGCAUGAACGAGUGGAAUUUAAAACCGAUAGGCUACGUGAGAUCAUGUUUCAAAGAGAAGAACGCGACUCCUCGUCAAGCAUCUUUAGUGAGCGUCACCCGCGGCAGCAUCCGAAUUGAGAAAACAACGUUCAAUAAUCCGGAUCAUUCCUUGGCUGACUUGUCAGCAUAUUCACAUGCAUGGAUAAUUUUUGUGUUUCAUGCGAACUCAAGUUUCCAUUCUACGAAAGCGAAAGUUUCUCCUCCAAGGUGUGAUGGCGAGCGCUUGAGCGUAUUCGCCACCAGAUCUCCCCACCGUCCCAAUUCAAUUGGUCUGAGUCUCGUGCAGAUCGAUAAAAUCUUAGGUGAUACAGUGUAUUUUUCUGGCGUGGAUGUUAUCGACGGAACCCCUGUGAUUGACAUCAAACCGUACAUCAAAGCUUACGAUGAUCCCUCGAUGGGUCUGCCGGUAGAAAAAGGGGAAUCCCGACGAGUAACUGUCCCAGAGUUUUCGAAAAGUGAAAUGAAUGUUUCAUUCUCACCUAAAGCUUUGGCGGGUCUGGCCAAGUUCAGUUGCCAAGCAGAUGAUGAGAAUUACAGACUAGAAUUUAUGAAAGAUGCAGACGAAGCCCAAGCCGCAAUCAAAGGAAUCCUUUUAGAAGAACCUCGAAGCAUAUACCGCCGCGACAAGUGUAACAAUCUUCUUUACUUUUUUCAUGUCGAUAAGAUGCACAUCACGUGCUGGUUCGAUGAUGAUGACCAAACGUUUGAAGUCGUUCGCGUUAAGCCUUCAAUUUUGCUCAGUGGUGAAAGAACUUCAGAUAUGAAUAGACCGCGCGGGAAGAAUUUUAUGAGAGGUGGAAUCCGGUCAUCUUCUGGUGGUGAUAGAAGAACUUUAAAAGGAGGACAGAAGUUUUCUCGCGGUGGAAAACAUGGCACGAAACUUCAGUCGAAGUCAUUUAAUGAAGGCAAAAUCAAUGAUGAUUCCUCAGCCACAAAUGGUAAAGCGAAAAAAUCUUUUCGCACCAGACCCCACGUGCAAUACGAAAACCCUCGUCUAAACAGAAGGAAGGCAGAGCUUGAAGAGAUAGCAUCUCUCAAGUCAGCUUAUGAAUUGAUUGAUCCGGUGAAAGUGACAAAGUUCACUGAUUUUCCGUUGUCACAUGCGACGAAAGACGGGUUGCGAAACGGAAAAUUCUUCAAACCCACUGAAAUUCAGGUAGCUGCCAUUGGACUGGCUUUGCAAGGCUUUGACGUCCUUGGAGCUGCGAAAACGGGCUCAGGAAAGACGUUGGCUUUCGUUGUUCCCAUUCUAGAAAUUUUGUUUCAAGAACGAUGGACCCCCUUGGAUGGCCUGGGCGCACUGAUCAUCACUCCUACUCGUGAGCUGGCCUAUCAGAUUUAUCAAGUUUUACAAGUGGUUGGAAAAAAUCACCAAUUGUCUGCUGCUCUCCUUAUUGGUGGAACUGAUUGGGAUUUCGAGAAGCAGAGGAUGGGGAACGUAAACAUCGUUGUCGCAACUCCCGGUCGGUUGUUACAACACAUGGACGAGAAUCCAAAUUUCGAGUCAUCAACGUUGAAAAUCCUGGUUUUGGACGAAGCAGACAGACUACUUGAUAUGGGAUUUGAAGCGAGCUUGAAUGCCAUCGUUUCUCAGUUACCGAAGGAGCGACAAACUCUCCUCUUUUCUGCCACCAUAAGCAAGUCAGUGAAAGACUUGAGUCGGUUGAGUUUGCGGGAAGGUUUCGUCAGGGAUGCCUCAGUUCAUGAAGCAGACGAUUUUUCUACUCCGGAUUCCCUGGUGCAAACGUACAUGGUUGUGCCUUUGGAGGAGAAGAUAAACGUUCUUUGGUCAUUCAUCAGGACUCAUCUGCAUCAGAAGAUUUUGGUUUUCAUGGCCACCUGUCGACAGGUUAAAUUUGUGUACGAAGCUUUUUGCCGCAUGCGACCUGGUGUCAGUCUUCUUCUCUUGUAUGGACAAUUGAACCAGAUGCGGCGAAUGGCGAUUUACGAAGAGUUUGGCAGGAAGCAGAAAGCUGUUCUGUUCGCAACUGAUGUCGCUGCUCGUGGUCUUGAUUUCCCCAAGGUGGACUGGGUCGUUCAAUACGAUUGUCCGGAAGACGCAGGCGAAUACAUUCACCGAGCGGGACGAACUGCCCGUCUCAACAGACGCGGAUAUUCCUUGCUCUUUUUGACUCCGAACGAAGAAGCUCCCAUGAUUAAACGCAUGGAGGAGAUGAAGAUUCCUAUCAAGAAAACUCAGAUCAGCGAAAGUCGGUUGACGCAGAUACAAAAGCCGCUGAGUGAAUUGUUGGUGAAGGAUAAUGAUCUGAAGGAACGAGCUCAACGCGCUUUUAGGACGUACUUGAAGUCUAUAUUCUUCUCCAAGGACAAGGGAGUGUUUACUCUCGAUGCUUUGGACACUGGCAAAUUCGCCAGAUCUUUGGGACUCGUUGUGCAUCCAAGAGUACGAUUCCUGGAGAAAUUCAACAUCAAGCUCGGGGGUGGACAAACAGUGUCAGAAUUUCAGGAUAUGAUAGGCGAUGGGGACGAUGACUCAGAUGCCUCAGACGAAGAUCUUCUCGAAAUGAAGCGUCGUGAUCACGAAUUGGAAAUUAAAAUUGAUCCUGCUUUGGCUGAAGAACAGAAAAAGAAGAAGAAAGAAAAGCUGGUGACGAAAGCGGCUCUGGCGAAGAAACUUUUGAAAAAGAACGUGAAGCUCAACCAGAAAGUCACUUUCGACGAUAGUGGAGACGUCAUUUGCGAGAAUGAGAACGCAUUCAAGUCGGAAGUUGGUAAAGCGUACUUGGCAGAAUCAGACGACGACGGAGCUCCAGGAAUCGACAUUGCUAAAGCCAAAAAAGUUCUAGAAGAAGAAGACAAAUUCGAUAAAGAACUAUUUCGAAGACGGAUGCGGGAAUUGAAGAUCAAGAAGCGACAAGAAGAAGAACGAGAAAGGCGACACGAAAACGGCGAGUUCACCGACGAAGAGGAGGAAGAAGAACCAGACCUCAGUUGGCUUCCGGAUCCCGACAAGAUUUACGAGUCCAGUGGAAAAGAAGACGAUGAUGAAAACGAGGAGGCGGAUGACGCGGAAGAGAAAGAUUCGGAAUGCGUCGAAUCAGAAGAAGAAGACGAAGACGGAAACCAAGGAUACAAAGAAUGGCGCAAAAGGAGAAAGGAAAAAGCUAAACAGAAGAAGACUGAACAGGAUCCUUCAGCUAAGCGAAGAAAGCUCCAGGAGCCUGACGUUGAGGAUGCUCCGUUGGACACUGGAAUGUCGUUGGCGGAAGAGGAAGACCUCGUUUUGCGGCUUUUGCGAGGCUGAUGAACCAUAUUUCUGUCUUGAUGUUGCGGACUGUGAUCAAACGCUCAGACACGAUUUCUUGAGAGAUUUUUCAAUUUAGAAAUACCGGUUGAAUUACGUGCCACUUGAGUCAUUGAAGCGUGAUUAUCAUCGUGUUGCAGGAAUUUUGAAGGCAUGAAACGAAAUUGGAGCGUAGAAAAAUUCUGGCAUUAAUCUCUUCAGCAUAACUUUUAGCGUCAGGAAAAAAUAAGAGAGGAGGCUUUAUUUUAUUCUCAUGUCUUGUGACACGUGAAGAAGAAAAAAAGGUUUUUCUGAGGAUGCCUAUUUUUUCCUCUCGCACAGGUACCAAAAAUUUAUUUUUUCCUGUACAAGACUCUAAAAUGUUUGAGAUUAUUCGGAUGAUGACAGCAUUUUCAUUCGUUCUUGUCCAUUGCUUCCUCUCAGUUUCUUAAAUUUAUUUAUUGUAUGUUGGUAACUCCCGGUGAUUUUUAGGUUUUUGAAGUUUUAGUG